AUGGCGGACAACAAGCAAAAUGCAGAGGUGAAGGUGUCUGAGGUCCACAAGAAGAUACGAGCAGCUUUUGAAGCGUUUGACUAUGAGUCUAAUAACACAGUGGAUGUCCGGGAGAUCGGGACCAUCAUCUAUUCCCUCGGUUGCUUUCCCAGUCGGGCAGACCUGCAUGACUUUAUAGCAGAGGUGGAAGAGGACCACUCAGGAUAUAUCCAUUUGGACAAGUUCCUCCCAGCCAUGGCCAAAGUGCUGUUGGACCACAAGUUCCCUCCCAUCCCUGAGGACAUUCUUCUUCAGGCCUUUGAGGUUCUGGACAAAGAAAAGAAAGGAUACCUGGAGCUGGAGGAGCUGACAAAGUACAUGACAAUGGAAGGUGAGCCCUUCACUCAGGAGGAGAUGGACGAGAUGUUGACAGCACUCGCUGACAGGGAAAAGAACGUAAUAUAUUACAGAGACUUACUCAGCCAGCUGACCAUAGACACUGGCAUGUAG